UGUAGACGCAAUUGCGCCUGGCAUGCAGAAGAGGGCGGUAACGGGCAGUAAGGUCAUCUUGACGCUGCUGAAAAAAAAGCAACGAAGAAGAAACACUCUGUUCGGGAGGAAGGCGUGUGUGUAGUGGAGAAGCUGGUGACAGUCAGCGGACCUUUAGUGUGCGUGUCUCCUUUGGUUCACACAGGCUUCACCUCAGCGCUCUGUGGCACAGUUACAGUUAUUUUUCUGUAACGGCCAAAUGAGCGAGAUAACGUUAACGUCAGAGAACCGCAGCUGAUACUCUAGCAAUCAGAAAUGGCAGCCGAUGAAAUAGACUACAACAUCGUGUUUCCAGAUGCAGGGACGUCGGAGAGACACUGGCAGGGGACAAAGGAGCCAGUUGUGAUACUGUUGGGCUGGGCUGGAUGCAAAGACAAGCACCUCUCGAAAUACAGCUCCAUCUAUAAUGAACAGGGCUGCGUCACCAUCCGCUACACGGCUCCUUUGAAGACUGUCUUUAUCUCUGAGUCGUUUGGAUACAAGGAGCUGAGAAACACGGCUCUCAAACUGCUGGAGAUCCUCUAUGACUACGAGGUGGAGAACAGUCCUAUUUUCUUUCACACGUUCAGCAAUGGUGGCUUCAUGCUUUACCGCUACAUUGUAGAACUGCUACACAGUGACAAACAGUUCAGUUCGCUGUCUGUUGUCGGGGCCAUUGUGGACAGCGCUCCAGGUAGCGGGAACGUCCGUGGGGCCCUGCGUGCACUGACGGCCACCUUGGGUCCAAAAAUAAGUCCUGUUUUAAGGUACAUCCUCCUAGUUCUCUUUGCUGUGACUGUUUUCCUUCUGAGAAUCGUGCUGUACCCGUUGACCAAGUACAUUCACAAGAACCACUACGAUGCCGUGCAGGACAGGCCGCCCGCCUGGCCUCAUUUCUUCCUGUACUCCAGGGAUGACCAGGUGAUUAGGCACAAAGAUAUUGAGAGCUUUUUGGAGACUUUGAAGCAGAAAGGUGUCCCUGUGGACAGUUUUGAUUUUGUCUCCAGCUCCCAUGUUGGCCAUUUCCGGUAUUUUCCUGAAGAGUAUACUCUUAAGUGCCAUGACUUCCUGGUUGCCUGCAUGAAGGAGUUGGAAGGGACCGAAACAAAAAAGAGACAACACAUUCAAAGUCAUUGAAAUGUCUGCAAAGCUGUCGUAUGCAGAUGACAAAGGGAAGAAAACCAGACUGCUGAGUCAGUCAGUGUGACACUAGGGUGUGAAAUCCUGCCAGUUUAUCAAACACUAACUCACGUGCUGAUGAAGUAUGUGAAGCAGUUAUAUACCACAUGAACCUGAUGAUGAAUACAAUCCAAUCAGUAGCUAUACACUGGAGAAUUUGAACUCUAUCCUUUAGGAUAAUUUAAAUAUAUUUAAUAUUGAUGUGAAAUGUGAUUUAUUGUAGAUUAGCGGUAGUGGUAAGCAGUUUUGAAAAUGAAAAAUCUGGUUGAUCUGUAUCUCCGAUUUAUUAAAUUUAAUAUAUACGUGGUUAUAUUCUAAUGGUUUUAUAUCGAAUGAGAAUGCAAGGGUGCUUCAAGGAAGGCAGAUUUUAAACGUGAUUGAAUGUUUUCUUCAUUAAUGGAACUUUGAAAAUUGUUGCCACGUAGAGUAAAUUCCUUUUAUUUUCCUGUGCAAGAAAAAAAAGUAAAUACCCAGCCCUAAUAUGUGAGUUUUAACAUGAAUUUAAUUGAAGGACAAAGCUGAUUAACAAUGAAUGUAUAUGUCCUCUGCAACUAAUGUGUUCUUUUUAACUGACGUGCCUUCAAUAAACCUGAAUGCUCAGAA